AUGGUAACAAAUCGUCCCCGUACGGAUCCCUGUCGACAAGCUCCGUGCAAGAAUGGAGCAACCUGUCAGCAGCUCCGGACAGAGCUGGGCAACUUCACCUGCAUCUGUAACCCUGGUUACACUGGUACUCUGUGUGAAAGAGGUAUAGAUGAAUGCGCCAGCAAUCCUUGUCUCAAUGGCUUCUGCAUCGACGAGAUCAACUUCUUCAGAUGUUCCUGCAACAUUGGGUUCAGAGGGCGAUUCUGCGAAGAAGAUAUCGACGAGUGUGCAACCUUCCCCUGCGAGAACGGGGCCACCUGCAGACAAGACAGACCAGGGAAGUACCAGUGUAUAUGUCCGAGCGGGUUCACCGGACGCCGAUGUGAGGUGGACAUCAACGAGUGCGCCGUGCUCAGCCCGUGUUGGAAUGAAGGAACCUGCAGACAAGGUCCUCCUGGAACAUACAUAUGUGACUGCCCUGUGGGAUUCACGGGUGUUGACUGUAAAGAUGACAUCGACGAGUGCGCCUCAGGUCCUUGCUUGAACGGCGGAUCAUGUCGACAAGGCACUGCUGGAACCUACGAGUGUGAGUGUCCGCUUGGUCUGGUUGGCGACAACUGUCAAGACGACAUCGACGAAUGCGGCCUCAUCAACCCCUGCAGGAGAGGUACCUGUAUCAACAGUCCAGUAUUCGGCCAGUGGCUGUGCCAAUGUCCAAGAGGUUGGGAGGGGGAAAGGUGUGAGAAUCGGAUCAACCAGUGCGCCUCAAGCCCCUGUCUCAACAAUGGCGACUGUAAUGAAGGCGAACCAGGAGACUUCAUCUGUGACUGCCCUCGUGGAUUUGAAGGCGACCGUUGUCAGACGAACAUCAACGAAUGUGACAGCGGACCUUGUUUGAAUGGCGGGACAUGCGCAGAAGGGGCGGCUGGAGAGUACACCUGUACAUGCCCUUUAGGUUUCACGGGAACCACGUGUGAGACAGACAUUAAUGAAUGUGACGACCGACCCUGCAAAAAUGGCGGCACUUGCACCGAAGGACGUGUUCCCGGGACAUGGGUGUGCGCAUGCCCGACCAACUUCAACGGAUCUACGUGUGAGGGUCAGAUCGACUACUGUGCCGGGAGGCCGUGUCAGAACAAUGGGGAGUGCCGCCAGGGGUUGGGGCAAUACUUCUGUACCUGUCCCCGUGGAUUCCGAGGUCGAGAUUGCGAGGUUGAUAUUCAGGAAUGUGCUUCCAGGCCUUGUCAGAAUGGCGGGACUUGCAGCGAGCCUGAUUUCGGAAUGUUCUUGUGUGGCUGUCGAACGGGAUUUGAGGGAGAUGUCUGUCAGAUUGACAUUGACGAGUGUCGCACUAGGCCAUGCAGGAAUGGUGGACUGUGUUUCCAAGGGUCCCCUGGAACAUACGAAUGUCGAUGUCAACCGGGCUGGACUGGUUCGACAUGUGAGCGCGACAUUGACGAGUGCAGCUCGAACCCAUGCUCCAACUCAGGCACAUGUAUACAGCCGAACAUCGGGUCCUACUCGUGUCAAUGUCCUCCCGGCUUUCGAGGCCUGCGCUGUGACAUUGAGGUCAACCCAUGUGACUCCAGCCCUUGUCGUAAUACGGGCACUUGCAACUCCCUGGGUAGAGGAAGCUACAGCUGCUCAUGCCCUGCAGGGACUUCCGGUCUCAACUGUGAAGAGGAUUUGAACGAGUGCGAUAGUUCACCUUGCACAAAUGGCGGGACUUGUUCCCAGCCAAUCAUUGGCAGUUUUCAGUGCGCGUGUACAACCGGAUAUAGGGGAGAUCGUUGUGAAAUUGAUAUCGACGAGUGUGAGAACAACCCCUGUCGGAACAAUGGUACCUGUAGCCAGGGCGACGCCGGAACCUACAACUGUGCAUGUGAUGUGGGAUACACUGGCGUCAACUGUACUCAAGAUGUGAACGAGUGUCUGACAGACAACUGUCAGAAUGGCGCCACAUGUGUACAAGGGCCACCAGGAACAUACAACUGCACAUGCGCAAACGGCUACUUUGGCCUGCUCUGUGAACAAGAGGAGAUAUGUCACAACAGAUGUCAAAACGACGGCACUUGUCAAGAACUGUUCAACGGCACCGCCAUAGCAAACGACUAUGUGUGUGAGUGUGUAACGGGAUUCUCGGGCCGGAUGUGUGAGAUUAACAUCGACGAGUGCAACAGUAACCCAUGCAGGCAGAUGGGUGUGUGUGUGGACAUGGUCAACCAGUACCGCUGUGAAUGCAUGAAAGGCACGACUGGAGCCCUGUGCGAGGUGGACAUCAACGACUGCGAGCCCAACCCCUGUCUCCGGGGUGCGGGUUGUGUGGACUGGAUAGAUGACUUCUACUGUGUGUGCCCUGAUGGUAUCGCCGGCAAGAUAUGCAAUGAGUCCUCCCCUGGGACUGUCUAUCGUCCAUGCCAGACAAACCAGUGUCUGAAUGAGGGUUUCUGUUGGCUAAACGCUGACAACACUUUCAGGUGUGAAUGCCCAAAAGGUUUCACUGGUACGAAAUGUGAAACCAACCUAGAGAACUGCAUCCCCUCACCAUGCUUGUCUGGAGCCAUGUGCACCGACUGGAUAGAUGACUUCUACUGCCACUGCCCCACGUGGACCUACGGGAAAGUUUGUGAUAACAUCACAUCAUACGUGGAGCCAGUGACGCCUGUUGGAGUCAAAAGAGGUCGAUACGGCAUCAACCCCAUCACCCUCGCCAUCCUCCUCGGCAUCAUCUUCCUCAUCGCCUUCAUCGUCGUCAUCAUUGGCCUCAUCUGGCUCUGUGUGAGUCAAAGGAAAGGGCCUAGGGACUUCUGUUUCGCCUUGCCUUCGUCCAUGUACAGGCAGUUGUUUGACAAUUGGCACGAGAGUACCUUCAGUUCCGAGCGCUAUUAACCAUGGAUAUCUCACUGCACAGCUGGAAUCGUCCGAUGUCCCAGUGGCGGAACUCUUCUACUAAAGGGUUGCAGAAUACUCCUAGAAUCAAUGUUCUACCCAAAGAAAGAUGCAUUUGCACACACGCAAACAACAUUAAUACAAAUUCAGUCAUUGUAGUAAAUGAAAAUAUCAUUAUACCAAGGAAAAUCUGAUACACCAUGUCCACAGAUUAAAUGAAAUAUUAGUUUGAAGUGUCAACCAAAUCUGGAUAUUGCGCUCUCGUAUUGUUCCUUGGAAUUCUCUCAUAAGAGUAACGUAUUUCGGUCGUGUUUCGUGGGAAGCAUCUUCAAUUCAUCCAGUGUUCCAUUCUUCUACAUUCCUUGUCAGUUGGAAUGGUAUUGUUCAGAAAUUGAGUACCAGUGUAGUCAAUUACAAUACCUUCGCGGUUGCGUUUCCUUGAAUCAGAGUCGAAUCUUUACACCAGUUCAAUUCCUCAAUCCAUGAUACCUCAAACUCCCUAGAAGAUCGAAUGCGUCGGUCGCUCGUAACAUCGAUAAAUAAAAAGCUCCGAAACUCAUUAGCUGAGUAUAAGGUUCAACAAAUGUGACCGCCAGAGGCUUUGGGUGAGCUUGACUUAGGGAAGAAUGAAUCGGAAUAAAUGAUAUAAUGUUAAUGUUACAAUCUAAUGUUAAUGUAACAGCACUUCGAUCAAAGGUUUAUAGAUGACAAAUACCCGCAUUUCAGCUGGAUUUAUUUUUAAGAAAAUGAACAUCACAAAGUGCAGUUACAAUACCCAUGUUGUUUUGUGGCUUAGCUUAUCAGUACACUGACAUAUCGAUGUACAUACAGCAUAUAUUGUAGAUAUCAAAUGUAUAUUUAUUUUUUUACAUAUUGCCGAUGACUGGGUCUAUCUCAUGUCAACAUUUAACAUGACUUCUCUGUAAAUACAUCAGCAUGUAAAUAUCUUUUCCGUAUUUAUCAAGGAGAUAGCUUUAAUGCAGUCUUAAUAUGAGUCCUAUUUCAACACAUUGUCUCAAUCAUUUCCAGUCAGAGAUUCGUGUCCAUUUCAAUAAGUUAUUGCCUUCUUUAAUAGCAUGUAUUUCAUUUAUUGUAUGCUGUGUGCUGGAACGUAUCAUAGUUUAUUCAUGGGUAAUACCAAAUAUUGCCUUUGGAUCUGUAUGUAUACUAUUUGCCUUUGAAUUUAAUAAUGUAACGUAAUGCAUGUAUCUAGACAAAUAUUCAAGAUAAAACUGUUGUCUGGCUUAGGUGAAUCUAGAUAUCCAAUGUAAAUUGUUUCCAGUUUGAAUGGAAUACUGUAAAAUGCUUCGUUCUUUCUAACUUCUUUGCAUUCAGAUUAAUUAUAUGGGAUAAACAAGCUUAACUGAGUGUCAUAUAUUCAUUAUGCCGGUGAUGUUAUCUCACAACGAAUUUAACUCAACGGUUUUUUCUUUGAUAUUCAGUGUCUAAUCGCGAUGGCAUUUCCAUACGUGCAACGAAGUUUUUGUCAAUCGAUUUAAUGACAAUGUGUUAGAAAUACUUUAAGCAUAAUGCAUUUUAUUAUUUUGUACUGUUUUAUACACUUGCUUUCAACUUCACUUUCUGCUUGUACAUUCCAUUAAAUGUAAAUACAUGUAGUACGAACGCAAGGAUCGUGGUUUCCGACAAAAACAAAAUGAAACAUAUGUUAUAUUUGGGAUAACACUUUCUUAGUAGAGUACAGAUUCUAGUACUUUUGGGGUUGAGUCCCAUCUGGGAUUCGAACCCACACCCUCAGAGUCAGGCACCUAAUCGCCAGCACACAAAGUCAGACGCCUAGAGCGCUCAGCCACAUGGUUAGGCAAAUAUCAAACGAGGCAAUUGGUUUAAAAGGCUACACGAUAAAAAUUCUACAAAACGGACUAGAGACAUGCCAACAAUUGUGAUCUUGGAUUCGAAACUGGAGUCGAUCUAUGUUUCUUGGAUUGUCAGCACCAUAAAGGUUCUUGUAGGUUUCAUCGAAAUGGUAAGGGUCUUAGACAUGCAUCAGUUUGGAAUCUCAUCCCGCGUCAACAGGCGCGUAGCAAGCCAUUUGUUUUCGUGUAAGCCCGAUAGGUAGCAAAGCUUUAUAUUUCCAUAGUAUUGGGAGCUUGCCCAACCUUUUUAGCAACAAUCAUAUGUAAGCCCGGCCUUUUUUUGAUAAUGGUAGCUACGCCCCUGGUCAAGUUAACACGCCUCAACUGAAAAGCGGCAUUAAAUUACCUUCACUCAUCUGACGUCACAGCUUUCUUCCGACAAUGUACAUGUAGGCAUAAAAUAUUCGGGCAUGAAGUACUGAGUACUAACUUCAAGUGUAUUAUUCUUCAGGAUCUUUGAAGUUGUGAAGCGUUGCUUUGUGGUCCUUUCAAUGCUUUGGACACUACAACAGUGCAAAUAUGCAGAUUUUCAAAUUUACGAUUGGCCUUUUGAGAACCAGUGGUAACUCUGUAAAGGAAUGCUUGUGCUUUUCUACCAUUUGUAUUUCAUUUUUGUAAUAAAUGUAUCAAAAUGA